UUCUCGGAGAUCACGGGAAGCCCGGGAAAGGCAGCACGUGGGGGGGGUCUCCAGCCCAACCGCACUGGAACUACAACUCCCAAGAUGCUACGCGGGUUUGGGAGCGCCAACAGUAAACUUCCCCAUCCCCGGGGACCUCAUGUCUUUUUGUUCUCUCUGGGUGGACGUAAUGGAGUCUAGAAGGAACUUGAAAAUUUAAGUUUGUCGGCUUCCAGAUUUCCCCUGACAUCCGUGGGUGUCGUCUUUGAACUUUCUCGCUUAGGAGGGUCCCGGUGGAUCAUGGGGAUUGUAGUCCAAGUACCCCCUUCCCUCAUUGGGUGUGUCUGGCCGCCACCUCCCCCUCCCCUUAACAGGUUUAACCGGAAACGUGCUGAGUACGGUUUAGUCGAGUUCUUUGUUGUUGUUAUAUUUUUGCCUCUUUCUCUUUACUUUUCUUCCCCUCGAGACAGGGUUUCUCUGCCUUGGUUGUCUUGGCACUCAUUCCCUAGACCAGGCUAGCCUCGAACCCAGAGAUCCGCCAGCCUCGACCUCCUGAGUUCUCGGGUUAAACUUGUGCGCCACCACGCCUGGCUAAUGAAUUACUUGUGUUUUAGUCGUGGUCUUCACUGGAGCUCCGUGAAUGAGAUGGGAAUCAAUUACCUUGAUUUGAUCAUAACACACUGAAUAUAAGUAUUAAAAUAUACUGUACCUUAUAAACGUGUACAGCUGACAUGUGUCAGUUAAAAAACAAAACAAAACAAUAGACCAUAUUUUACCUGGAUGGAGCUGGAGAAAGGGCCGGGAGUUCAGAGGCAGUGGCUGGCCCUCCAGAGGCCCAGGUUCGAUUCUCGGCUCCCACGUGGCUGUAACGUGCUAAUUUCAGGGGAGUCCACACUUUCUUCUGGCCUUGGAGGGCCAUCGCACAGAUAUGUAGUGCACAGACACAUACAGGUGUAGCUCCCAUGCGCACAAAAUACAAACAGAUAGACCUUUCUUUUUCCAUUGUCUGGACAGUCUGGAGAAGAUGCAGUGUGUAGCCCGUUUACUGACACUCUGAUUCCGGUUAGCCUGGAGUGGGACCGUGAAGCUAUGCUGUUCUUGUGUUGAGACAAGGUCUCUCUAAGUAGCCCUUGUGUGUGAGGGCAUCUGUUUCUGUGUGUACGUGUGUGUGAGCGCACUAUGUGGAAAUCGGACAGCCUCGGGUGUCUGCCAUUCCCCCCAAACACCCUCUCCACUCCCCAGCUGAGGAACCCAGCAAGUGCCAGCCCCAUCUCUCGACGUGGUGAGACAGGGUCUCUUUGAUGUGCUGCAGGCUAGCUGGCCUACAAGCUUUUGGGAGACUGUCCCGUAUCCACCUCCCGCCUGGGUGGAUUUGAACUCGGGUCUCAAAACAAACAAACAAACAAAGCUCCGCCUAGGCUGGAUCCAGAGUUGAGAACUACCAGCUGCCAGUCAGUUCCUAGGUUCUCGGGAGUCUUUCAGGAGGUCAGGGGAAUCAUGCUUGAUUAGGAAGUGAUGAUUCGUGGGAAUUGUAGUCCAUCUCUUCAAGUAAUCCCUGGGAAUUGUCAGCUUCUGUUCUCUUAUUACCGUGCCCUGCUUCUUCCGAAGCCCGUCAGUCACUACCCAAGACAACCCCUUCGGAAAUGUUCCCCAGGGUGGGCCACCCUACCGGCCAUCAAGAAGCCAGGACUGGGGCCCCAAGCCUGGGUCCAUCCAGGUCUCUAAGGUCACAAGCUCCCAAGGCCACAGCAGCCGAUUCCCCUGAGCUGUCUGAGGCAUCCUGGCCAUCCAGUUCAGGGACCCCUUCCCCACUGAGCACAGAGGGACAAAGUACCUCUCCUCCACUCCCUGUAAUGGACGGUGGAGACUCGGUGGUGGCCAAGUACAUCAACAGGUUCCGCCAAGCUCAGCCCACGAGCCGAGAGGAACGCCAGCCUGCCGGCCCCACCCCAGCUGACUUCUGGUGGCUACAGCCCAACUCGUCAGCCGUCAGCAGCUACCUCGCAACAGCAGGAGCUGGUGGACCUGAAGGAAGACCCGCCAUGACAGGUCCAUCCCCCACCGGGACGUGUACUGCAUCCCCGGCUUCAGCUCCUCUUCAGAAAGUGAAGCAGAGCCUGAACACGUGGAACUCGUCUUUGCUGGACUUGGAGACGCUGAGCCUACAGAGCAGAGCGGCCAAGCUGCUGAAACGCAGCAAGGCCUCCCUCUCCUCCGCCUCCUCCCUCAGUCCCGGCGAUGCCAGCUGCUCCUCCUUCCCCGUCAGCUCCGAUGGCCUCUCUCCCUGCUCUGUGACCUUCAAUCCGAACUCCAACAAGAAUUCUAGUCCCAAAGAAUCUGUGCCGGGAGCCGCAGUGCCAUCCCAGGCCUGCAUCCCUGCUUCCCGCCCAGCCUCCCUUCAGCCCGAGGAAGACAUUUUAUACCAGUGGAGGCAGCGGCGCAAGCUUGAGCAGGCUCGGGGAGGUGCAGGCGACGGAACCUGGGUGUUGCCUCGGACCCCAGCCCUGACCACUCAGACUCCUCCUGUCCCUGCAGCGAAUCUGGGCUCCCCGGGGACCCAGCCGAGCGGAGUUCCACCUUGGGGCAGCGCGGCCCAGCCUCCUCCCGCACAGGCCUUCUACGUGGAGAGGCCCCCUUUUCCAGGGCCCUCUGCACACAUCUGGGCCCCCAGCCCUCAUGGGUUCCUCUGGGCCCCACAGGCCAGUCCAUGGGUGUCUCUCGGGAUGGUUCCUACCGCAGUGCUAGCCCCCACCGCUGCCCCCGUGGCCUCGGUCCCGGCCCCCGCGACCACCGCCCCAGCUGCCCCAGCCCCCGUCCCUCCUCCCCAGGUCUCCAUCUCGGUGCCCCCAGCCUCCGCCCCGCCUCCGUGGGCUUCUACCCCUACACCCCCAGCACCUGACGCUUCUCGGGAGCCAACCAACCCUGAGCUGAGUAGCUGUGCCCGGCCCAAGAAGCUGGGUCCCAAACCUCGGAGGGCCAGCGCAUCGUCACCCCACGAGGCAACUGAGCCAGGGGCCACCGCUUCCGAGAGUCCCUGUUCACAGCUCAGGGGCGCCCUGGGCCAAGUAGUGACAGCUCGGCUGUUCCCCGACAGCCCGUCUCCAUCCGAGGUAGAGUCUCAGAAAGCCAGGGCCACGCCCCCUCAAGCCAAGGGGCCACGCCCUCCAUCCCAGUCUCGGCGGGAGUCCAGGACCGAGUCCCGCCCAGCCGCGGCUGCGUCCUCCCCAGGCCGGUCGGUGCUUCGGAAAAGCAAAGCCGCCCUCUCGGCUGAAGCUGGGGAUCCACAGGCGGCUACAACCCCAGAGGCAUUCCCACUGUCAGAGGUCCCGACACCUGAAUUCAAGAGGUCCGCGCCCAAGACGGGAGCCGGCGACGCCUGGCCCGCGGCUCCGCCUGCCUCAGGCCCCGCCCCCUCCGAGGACUUGCUAGCCCAGGCCGCACGGCUUCUGCAGGCUGCGGAAGACUCGGAUGGCAGCGAGUUUCAGGAAGACCCUGUGCUGCAAGUGCUAAGAACUCAGAGGGCAGAGCUCCGGCUGCAGAAAAGGAGAGUGGAUGCGCAGUUGUCUCGCCUGUUGAUCCACACUGCACACCCAGGAUCUUCCUCUCCAACCGGUUCGCCUCCCAGGGCUCCAGGAAGGCGGCUGAGGAGGGAAGGAGCCUUCUCUGAGGCCAGGCGGCUUUGAACUGGAAACAUUCCGCUUUUCCUGGACUGCGGAGGUGGAGAAAAAGGCAUUGUCAUCUGGUCUUAAGGAGCAUCACGCUGGGUGUUAGUGCAUGCCUUUGAUCCCUGCACUCGGGAGGCAGAGGCAGGCAGAUCAAGGUCAGCCUGGUCUACAGAGUGAGUUUCCAGGACAGCCAGGACUGUUUCACAGAGAAACCCUCUCUCAGAAAACCAAA